AUGGCUGGAGUAUUAGCUGGGGACUGCUCAUACAGUGAGAGUGGCAUUUCAUCGUACUCUAGGAGUUCUAAUGAAAAGCAGGACGACUCUUCCCGCUGGUAUUUUGAAAAGAAAGAAAUAGAUGAAAAUUCACCGUCAAGGUUGGAUAAUAUUGACUUGAAGAAGGAAACAUACCUCCGCAAGUCUUACUGUACAUUUUUGCAGGACUUGGGCAUGAGAUUAAAAGUUCCUCAGGUUACAAUAGCUACAUCAAUAAUCUUCUGCCAUCGAUUCUUCCAUCGCCAGUCGCAUGCUAGGAAUGACAGAAGGACGAUUGCUACAGUCUGCAUGUUCCUUGCUGGAAAAGUUGAAGAAACUCCAAGGCCAUUAAAAGAUGUUAUCGUUGUCUCCUAUGAGAUAAUACACAAAAAGGAUCCUGCUACUGCACAGAGAAUCAAGCAAAAGGAAGUAUAUGAGCAACAAAAAGAGCUUGUACUAAAUGGAGAAAAGGUUGUACUAUCUACAUUGGGGUUUGACUUCAAUGUCCAUCAUCCUUAUAAGCCCCUUGUAGAAGCAAUAAAGAAAUUUAAGGUCGCACAGAAUGCUCUGGCCCAAGUUGCAUGGAAUUUUGUAAACGAUGGUCUGCGAACGUCACUCUGUCUGCAAUUUAAGGCUCACCACAUUGCGGCUGGUGCAAUUUUUCUUGCUGCCAAGUUCCUUAAAGUGAAAUUGCCAUCAGAAGGAGAGAAGGUUUGGUGGCAAGAAUUUGAUGUCACACCUCGACAACUGGAAGAUGUUAGCAACCAAAUGCUGGAGCUCUAUGAGCAAAACCGUGUUCCUGCAUCUCAAGUAAGCGAAGUCGAAAGUAGUGUAGGUGGAGGGUCAGCUCAUCACGCUGGUUCUAGGCCAAUAUCAGCGCGUCCAGCUCAUGAACAUUCAAAUUCUGAUAAUCAUGGGGGCUCGUCAAAAGCUACACAAAACCAGAGCAAUGAUAAUGGGAGUGGUGAGGCAGGUAGUGUCAUUACCGAGCACACUGAUAAUCCUCCAGCCCAUAAAUCUAGACCUGGAGUUGAGGCACCUGUGAAGGACAAAACAGAGAGAGCUGCUGCACCAGAUGAUAGCGUCGCUCUUGAUAAAUCUAGAAAUGUCAAUUCAGGUGAUGUCCCAGUCAGCCAAUCACCGAAAGACAUAAAAUUGCUUAGAGAUAUAGUGAAGGCUAAGCUAGAGGCUAAGAAGUUCCAAGGUGAAAAGGCGAGGAAAAAGGAUUUGAUGGAUGAGGAUGAUUUGAUCGAAAGAGAACUGGAAGAAGUGGAGUUAGCUGUUGAGGAUGACAAAGAUAGCCAGAAGAAGAAUUCCAACACCAAUAAUAUGGGGACAGAGCACGGGGAGAUUCUUGAUGGAAACAACUUGGUGGGGAACACCGAGGAAGGUGAAAUGGUUGAUGAUGUUUCUUCAACAGUGCCUAGCCGGAAGAGAAAAAUGGAAAGCCCUUGUGAAAAACAGUUGGGAGAUGGAAAGAGGCGACAGAGUGAGAAUGUAGAAGAAGGUCACAAGACAAGCCGAGGAGGAAGUAGUCAUAGUCAUGGUGACCGAGAGCCAAGAAGACUUUCCCAAGAGAGGUCGAGAAUAAUCGUGAAGAAUUUGCCCAAAAGACUGACAGUGGACCGACUCAGAGAUGCCUUUUCAAAGAAAGGAGAAAUCACAGACGCGAAAUUGAUGCUUUCCCAGGACGGCGCAGAAAGACAUUUUGCUUUCAUUGGAUACCGUACUGAACAUGAAGCUCAAGAAGCCAUCAAGUAUUUCAACAUGACUUAUCUCGAUACUUCUCGGAUUACUGUUGAGAUUGCUCAUAAAGUCGGAGAUGAGAACGCUCCCCGUACGUGGAGUCGUCAUUCAAAAAACAAAGCUAACGAAAACAGUGAUAAAUCUUCUAAUGGAAACUCAAGCAAAACAGACAAGAAGAAGAAACCAGGCGCUGAUGAUUCUUUGCUCCCAGAGUUUCUUGAGGUUAUGCAGAGGAAUAAGUCGAAAGUCUGGUCCAAUGACGCGGCGAUUGCCCCUACCGCUGAAGUAGCCCGCAAAGAGAAGGUCUUGGUGAAGAAACCGGAGGUUGUUUCCGAUGGUGCUGAGCCUGAGAAAAAGGCUAAAAAGAAGAAGGGUGUUGCUCCCACUGAUGAUGUUUCUGAUAUGGAAUACUUCAAGAGUAGGAUCAAGAAAAACCUGUCGGAUUCGGAGAGUGAUAGUGAUGAUGAAGAUGUAGCUAGUGAAGCUGAGAUUCGUGUUUUUCCCAUUGAUGGAGAUGAUGAAGCUGGCGGAUUUGAUAAAGAUGGCGAUGAUGAUGACGAUGCUAUGGAGGUGGAAGCUGAGGUGGCUCAAGAAUCGAAAGCUGAUAGUGAUGAUGUUCUUGACACUGGUCGUCUUUUCGUUCGUAACCUGCCUUACUCUUCAACAGAAGAAGAGCUUAUGGAACAUUUUAGCAAAUUCGGCGAGAUAAAAGAGGUCCAUCUUGUUCUUGACAAGGAGACAAAAAGGUCCAAAGGAGUGGCCUUCAUCCUUUACCUGAUUCCGGAAUGUGCUGCAAGGGCAAUGGAGGAAUUAGAUAACUCAACAUUCCAGGGAAGGCUGUUGCAUAUUUUGCCAGCCAAGCACCGUGAAACGUCUGAUAAACAAGUGAAUGAGACUUCUAAUCUGCCGAAGACAUUCAAGCAAAAGAGGGAGGAACAAAGAAAGGCGUCUGAAGCCAGUGGAAAUACAAAGGGUUGGAAUAGUUUAUUCAUGCGCAAUGAUACUAUUUUAGAAAACAUAGUCAGGGUGUAUGGCGUAAGCAAGAGUGAGUUUCUUGACCGUGAAUCUGAAGAUCCUGCUGUACGCCUUGCCUUGGGAGAAACAAAAGUGAUUGCGGAGACCAAAGAGGCCCUGGCUAAAGCUGGAGUAAAUGUCACAGUUUUGGAAGAAUUUGCUUCAGGAGAAGGUGAUGAGAAGAACCGAAGCAAACAUAUUCUCUUGGUUAAGAAUUUGCCAUUUGCUUCCACUGAAAAGGAACUGGCACAAAUGUUUGGAAAGUUUGGAAGUCUUGACAAAAUUGUUCUCCCUCCGACGAAGACGUUGGCUUUGGUUGUUUUCCUUGAACCGGCUGAUGCACGUGCAGCUAUUAAGGGAAUGUCAUACAAGCGUUACAAAGAUGCUCCCCUGUAUCUGGAGUGGGCUCCUGGAAAUAUUCUUGAGCCAAAGCCACUUCCGGAUAACAAUGAAAAGGAGAGUGAUGUUGGAGUCAAUGAUGUGAGGAAAGUCAACGUGGAGCAGCAUGUUGAACUCGAUCCGUAUAUAACUGAGUCAAACGUCCUUCAUGUUACGAAUCUGAGCUUCAAGACAACUGAUGAGGGUUUGAAGAAGCAUUUGACUGAACUGGUGAAGCAGGGAAAGAUUCUGAGUGUUAAGAUAAUGAAGCAUGUAAAGAAUGGGAAGAAUCUUUCACGCGGUUAUGGUUUUGUAGAACUCGACUCUAUAGAGACGGCGACCAUUGUCUUCAGAGAUUUACAGGGAACUUCUCUGGAUGGGCAUGCUUUGAAGUGGAAAUUCUGUGAAAACAAGCAGAGAGACACGGCUGGGAAUGGUUCAGACAAGGUCAAACCCUCUACAAAGCUGCAUGUGAAGAAUGUAGCUUUUGAGGCAACAGAGAAAGAGCUAAGACAGCUCUUCAGUCCAUUUGGACAGAUCAAGGGUAUUAGGCUUCCAAAGAGGAAUUUCGGACAGUUUGCAGGAUAUGCUUUUGUUGAAUAUGUGACAAAGCAAGAAGCUGCAAACGCUAAAAAAGCAUUGGCAAGCACUCAUUUCUACGGACGCCAUUUGGUGAUGGAGUGGGCUAACGAUGACACUAGCAUGGAGGAGAAGAGGCGUCGUUCUGCUGCUAAGUAUUUGGAACAAGAAAACAAUACUCCAAAGAGAAGGAGAACAGUUGAAUAA